UGGCAAUUUUAGUCAUAUCUGAGACGCGUAAUCGAACGGAUUGAAACAAGAACGACGCGACGUCGCGCGGAAUAAUUGUGUCUGUAGGUGAAUGAGUGUCUUGAAUUGAGUUGGCAGGACCCUCGGUUGUGUGUCCUUGUCGGGGGAUCGCGUAGGUCAUCGUCGUUUAUAUUGACGCCAGAAUGGUGGAAACGACCGUAAUGAAAUCUUCGGCCUCGCUCUCCAAACUGAACGGAAGCGGAUCCGCACAGAAGAGCACAGAAACGCAGCAUCGAUCGGUUCAGCCCUCCAGCUCAUCGGCCGAGGAUCACUACAAUCCUUCUGUCAGGAUUCUGCACAUCCCAAAACAACCGGACGGAUCCUGUGGAUUUCAUCUGUCCCGCAGCAAGUGGGAUCCGUAUCCGUGGGUUAGCGGCGUUGAUGGCGAAUCGGUAGCUGAAGUGACCGGAUUGAAGGCCGGAGACUGUGUGUUAGAGGUAAACAACGAGGAUGUCCUCGGAAUGCGCAUAGCCGAGGUGGCCAAUCUGGUCAAGUCAAAGUCGGACAUCGUAACGUUGCUGCUGUGGAGCACCGGAAUGGAACCGACCUGCAAUCCGGAAUCGCUUUGCUGCGGUCCAAUGCCGAUCAACCUGGAACGUCUGUCGGCCAGCAUGCAAACCAUAGUGGCUGCCCUGGAGUGUCCGGUUUGUUUCGAUACGAUUCCUCCGCCGGUAUUCCAAUGCCAAAAUGGGCACCUGGUGUGCUCUCGAUGCCGGGUUCGGUCCGAAAAAUGCGCCAUUUGUCGUGAGAAGUAUACCGUGGGCCGUUCCUUGCUGGCCGAACAGGUUUAUCAAUCAAUUACGGAAGCCUUCAAUCUGACGGAGGGGGGCGAUGGAAAGCUCCGGGAACGAUUGUUCGGGGCCAAAUGUACUCGGACCCGGAAUCGUUGCAGUCCAUUCAAUAGCGAAGGGCAUCUCUCGGCAGGGAAGCCAAUCCACUCACACACCCACAAAUUUUUAGCCAAAAUUAUGGGAAAGUCAACGUCCGUGGAUAAUCUGAACCGACGACAGCCCUGUGAAGUUGUCCAGGGUGAUUUGCAGGGAUCAAAGGCCAAGUCUCUGUCCCUGUCGUCCAGCGAGAUAUUCAGGCGUACAGAGAACACGGUAUCCGUUCCACGAUGCACUUCGGCCAAUCGGUUGGCCCCGGAACUGAUGGCCUCGUGCAAUAGUUUGACCACCCGCCGGCCCACAUCGUCGCUGUCCUGCAAUGUUUCGGCCGAGAGCUUGGGCAGCAUACCGGAAAACGGCAUUCAACUGGUGGUGCCUCCGGUGCCGACCGGAAAUAGCGAAAACGGACACGGGCCCUCGACGGUCAGCGAGUUGUGCUGUCCCUGUGGGGAUUACUGUGAUGAUAAACUGAAAGCUUCCGCUUUGGAACGACACGUGUCCGAGCGGCACGGAACACCGAUCAUCACCUUCGGGACAUCGUCCGCCGAAAUUUCCCUGCCCCCCAGGACCCCGGUCGAUAAUGCCUGCCUGGUGCUGAUCCUGGACGGACGCAAAUUUUGGCUCAAACUAAUCUCGGAUCCCAGCUCACUGGGGGAUAUCUUCAUAUCGGCCUUGCUACAAGGUACCGAAGCCGAGUGCCGGAACUACGCACUGGAGGUGCUCAUCCGGAAAGCCGGUGCCCACAAGAUUUUGGGCAAGGAGCUGAUUUCCCGUUCCGAGGUCUAUUCGAUGGAAUGCAAAUCGUGGAAUGAUGUAAGCAACACUCGGAGUGGAGUUUUCUACUCCAGUGAGUGCAUCAGGUCAACAUUCGAACCGGAAACGGAAGUCCUGCUGAAGGCGAGCAUCAAACACCUCUCGGAACUGUAGCAGCUGGCUACAAUUUGUGGCUGUUGGGCGUUGUUUGCACUCGUUAUAUAUGUAGCAAUGUUUUUACUUUUGAAAUUAAAGCAGGAUGCAAGAGAACCGAUAAUUAAAAUAUUUUAUAU